CUAAAAAAUGAAUCAGUUUCCACAACAAUAUUAGGCAGCACAACUGUUUUCAACAUUGAUAAUAAUAAGAAAUGAGCACAAAAUCAACAUAUUAGAAUGAUUUCUGAAGGAUCAUGAGUCAAUGAUGACAAGAGUAAAAUACAGAGUAAGAGUAUAUAAGAGUACAAAUUUUAAUGGUAAUAUAUUUCACAAUGUUACUGUUUUUACUGUAUCUUUGAUCAAAUAAAUGCAGGCUUGGUGACUUAUUGAGAGAUUUUAUUUUAAGAAAGUAAUACUUUUAAUGUAGUUCCAAACGUAGGUUCGGGAAGAGCCUAAACAUUCAGUCCUGUCAAUCAUCAUUACGAGCGUAUAUAAGCAGCAGUCACUAAGUCAUCCCAGCGACAAUUCUUCCAGCAUCCGUCCUUCUCCCCAUCUCCUCCUCUAUUUCUCUUAUUCUCCCUCUAUGCAGUACUGUUAUAGGGGGGUUUAGCUCGGAGCUCGAGCCGAGCCUCGGGUUCGAGCCCCCUUCGAGGACAGCAAGCCAAGUUUGUUUUACUAUUAACCAUUCAGACUGAAUGGGCAAGCGAACUUGUGAAUUCAGCAAGAUCACAUUAAAUUGAUCAAAAGUAAGAGUAUAGCCAUUUAUAACAUUUCAAAAGGUUUCUAUUUCGAGUUAAUGUAUCAUAGUUCGCUCAAAAAUAUGAAACAUCAUUACUGAACUGCUACACAACACUCACUUUAUCAUCUGUAUACUUUAAUCGAGCACUCAUCCACGCGCACACUGCUCUGCUCGUUGAGUGUUUACGGUAGCUCGCGCCUCUAGUCCUGACUGAAGCUCGUAGUUUAUUCACUCAUUUCAUCAGCGUGGGAACUGAGAAGACAGCUCUUUCCUUGUUUCGGAGUCGUUCCCGUACUCCAUGUCAAGACUAUGGGCUUUGAUCUAGACCGUUUUGAGGGUUUUGUGGAUCCGGACUUAAUCUGUAAACUGUGUGGGAAAGUUUUAGAGGAUCCUCUCAGCACUCCGUGUGGACAUGUCUUCUGCGCCGCGUGCGCGCUACAGUGGCUCUCCAAAGUCAACAGCUGCCCUGUCCUGUGCCAAAAGAUCACCACCAAAGAGCUGAACCACGUCCUGCCCCUAAAAAACCUCAUUUUUAAGCUGGACAUCAAGUGCGACCACCAUAAACGAGGCUGCAACCGGGUAAUGAAGCUCCAGCAUCUUUCAGAGCACGCGGAGAUGUGCGACUUCUCUCCGGUCAGAUGCAGGAAUGAAGGAUGCGACGCGGUGCUCAACCUGAAGGAUGUGGAUUCACACAUGCGGGAGAGAUGCGAGCACAGGGCGGUAGAGCUCUGUAAAAAUGGAUGUGGACUCGUGCUGACACUCAAGGAGAGGUCGGAGGACCACAGCUGUCUCCAAGCACUUAAGACACGCAGCGGUCUCCUCCAAACCAAAGUGCUGAGUCUGGAGAAAGAGCUGAAGCGUCAGUCCCUGAGCUUCAGUAAGAGAGAGAAGUCUCUCCUCUCCAAACUCUCCGCGCUCCACUGCGAGCUGCACAUUACAGCGCUCACAUUUCAGAAGAAAAUCACCGAGUACAAGAGCAGGAUUGACGCGCUGUCAAACAGCUGGAUGCCUCUCGAUAAGGGAGAAGAUACAAGGAGCCUCAAAGUCACCCUCCACAGAACAUCAGGAUCACUUGGAUUCAGUAUCAUCGGAGGAAGAGUGUGUGAGGAACCAGAGGAGCAUGAGGAUUUCAGUGAUGGGAUCUAUAUAUCCAAGAUAGUGGAAAACGGAGCAGCUGACAAGGCCGGACUGCAUGUUCAUGACAGGAUUAUUGAGGUAAACGGAAGGAGCCUUUCCGUAGCUACCCAUGACCAAGCUGUAGAGGCCUUCCAAACUGCAAAAGACCCCAUUGAGGUUGAGGUACUGCGCAGGGCGGUGCACAAGACUCAUGAACCAGCCCGAGGAGUGAACAACAGUACUCAGACCAACAUUACACUGAAAUAUUUGAAACAUAUCGAGACUACGGCCAAGUUACCGUCACCUCCGGGACCACUGUGUAUGGCUAUGCUGGAUAGCUUCAAUUCAUCCUCACAGUGUCAAAUGGCAAGACAUGACUCCCCUUACCCCACAGACUUCGAUGAUGGCGUACAGAAAGACAUUGAGAGUAGAGGACUGGAAUAUGAGGAGGUGGAUCUGCAGAGGAAAACUACUCAGGAUAAGCUUGGCCUGAUGUUAUGUUACAAGACUGACGAUGAGGCCACUGCCAUUUAUAUUAGUGAGAUUGAUCCAGAAGGAAUUGCAGCAAAGGAUGGCAGAGUCCAGGAAGGAGACCAGAUUAUCCAGAUCAAUGGAGUGGACAUCCAAAGCCAUGAGGAGGCAGUGACACUUCUGACCAAGGUGGAGAGUAAGAAUGUGACCCUCCUAGUGGCUCGACCAGAAAGUCAGGAUAUUGGCUGGUUGGAGGAGGAUAGAAAUAACUUGGCAGAUGACUUGCACAUGGGCAUGCUGGAGCAACAGCAUAACAAGAGCACACAUGAAGAAGAUGGAGGCACUACUGAUACGGCAACCUUACCGUCCAACCAUCACGAGAAAGACAGUGGCGUUGGCCGCACUGAUGAAAGCACUCGUAAUGAUGAAAGCUCAGAGCAGGACAUCUUGGGAGAUGAUCAGAAUUCCCUUUGUGACACACUCCCAGAAAACCACAAGAAGUAUAGUGAAGGCACUUUUGAAAGUGGGGACACUUUCAAAAGUGACUCCUUCCUUUCAGCUGACAAUGGAGACAGUGGAAACUUCCUUUGUAUACCUGGCACGGCAUGUGAACAUUUCCAGAAACAGCUUGAACUGAAAUGCCUGGUCAAUGGUAAUGGUCUUGAGGGAUUUCUGGAGCAUGACGACGCACUAUAUGGAAAGACGGUUAGUGUAAACUGUGAUGAUCAGGAGGCUCAGAUGCUUAAUGAGGAGUUGCUGAACAUUGAGCUGGAGUGCCUGAGUAUCAUACGAGCACACAGGCUUCAAACUGAGGGUGAUGAUCAGCAAGCCAAAAAUUGCUGCACCAAGCACUUAACUGAGCAAAUAAAUACUGAAGUCCGUAAGGACCUCAUCAAUAACCAGGUGGACAACGAAGGCUCUACUAGUGCUUACAACACUGGAGAGAGCUGUUGGAGCUUACAUCCUGUUCUGGAGUCAGAUUCUCCUGACUCCCAAAGGAUGGUUCCUGGAGACAAGAGUAAAAGUUCUCCCAUGCAUAGACGCAACUCAACAACAGCAUGCUCCAAACAUCACCUCUCUCCUAUUCAGGAGAUCAGCCCCACCAAGAGUUUACCUGGAGUUCCAGAGGUCACAAAUCAGGGGAAAAGAAAGCAGAGUAAGAAAAGGAACCCAAGGAAGAGUCUUUUGACUUCCUUACAUCAUUCCUCAUACAAGAACACCUACAUCCCAGCCCAUGCACAACAUUACCAAAGCUACAUGCAACUUAUCCAGCAGAAGUCGUCUGUGGAGUAUGUCCAGAGUCAAGUCAGCUUAGCCAGCCUGUGCAAGAACCCAGAAACCACUCCCACUAAUGCCAGGCCCAAGAUGGGGUGGAAGGUAAAGAUCCGUAGCGAUGGAACAAGGUAUAUCACCAAAAGGCCCAUCAGGGACCAGCUGCUGAAGGAGCGUGCUUUGCGCAUUCGGGAAGAACGCUGCAGCGCAACUACAGAUGACGAUGCAGCAAGUGAACUAAAGCUGGGUCGAUACUGGAACAAGGAGGAGCGCAAACAGCAUGCGGCACAAGCUAAGGAACGGCGGGAACUCAUGAAGCAGUGCCACAUGGAGAACAAGGGACAAACAGGAGCAAUUAACAACAAGGAGGAACCUGAUAUUAUCCAGCUGAGCCGUAAAAAGAUGAUGAAAAGGAGGAACAAGAGGAUAUUUGACAACUGGAUGACCAUUCAGGAGCUGCUGACACAUGGCACAAAGUCCACAGAUGGGACUAGACUGUAUAAUUCCUUUCUAUCUGUGACUACAGUGUAAGGAAUUUUUUGGUUUGGGGCACUUUACUAGUUUACUGUGUAAAAUUGUGUGCAGGUUGGUGUGGGAAAUCUUGCCUCAUUUAAGGAGGUGGGUCAUUUAGGGACUUAUCUAUAGCGAUUUGUGUGACUCAACAGUUGGAGAACAUAACAGUGAUGAUAAAACAAAGUACAGAUUUCAUAUCUUAAUACUUGAGGCAACACCAAAAUUUCACAUCAGUUUAUAAUAUGAAAUAUUUUAUUGAAUGAUCAUAGGUUUCUAAGAAC